GAGCUCCUCGUCUUUCUCAGGAAGUGACGGUUCUCAAGGUGAGCGGCGUGGGUGACCGUGUGCGCGGUGUAAUGUGCGGCCGGGAGACGCGUAGUCAGCGCCCGACACUGGAUGGCACAGAGGUUGAUGUUAAGACGACUUAUUUCUUCAUUUGGGAGAAGUGUAACUGGAUCUGCACAGCCCAUCCCCCGCUACCAGUCACAAUGUCCACAGACACGGGGUCUGCUGUCUACGACCUCAACACAUCCUGUCCUUACCGCUGCUCGCACCUUUCACAUAUCGCCUUCCUGUAGAGUGACGUUCAACGUGCAGAAUAAAGACGACUUUGAGGAUCGAGUUGUUGGGAGUGAAACGCCAGUGGUAGUGGAUUUUCAUGCACAAUGGUGCGGUCCAUGCAAAAUUUUGGGACCUCGCCUGGAAAAGAUGGUGGCGAAACAACAAGGGAAAGUCUUGAUGGCCAAAGUUGACAUAGAUGACCAUACUGAUCUCGCUCUUGAAUACGAGGUAUCGGCCGUGCCCACAGUUCUCGCAAUGAAAAAUGGCGCUGUUGUCGAUCAGUUUGUGGGCGUCAAAGAGGAGGAUCAGUUGCAAGCUUUUCUUGAGAAACUCAUUGGACCCUAAAUCCCUCAGUGAUCUACAACUGUGAUAUAUAAAAUAGGACUUUUAGAUCCUUUUUUUUUUUUUUUUUUUUUUUUUUUUUUUUUAAGAAUUAUGGCCCCAAGUGUCCUCUCUUACCCCAGUGCUGCCUUCCUCAUGUCAGCCUGUUUAUUUUUAUUUUUUUUUUUUUUUGGGGUUAAAAUGUGAAGUCAUAUAAUAUUUAACAGUACAUAAAAUACAUAUAUAUUACAAUAGUAAUAUAUAAUAGAAGUGAAUAUUUAACAUUUUACAGUACAACUUGACUUUUUUUUUUUUUUUUUUUGUCAUUAUUCUUUGAACAGAAAGUUUGCAAAAAAUGUUUUCUCUUCUUCCAUGAAAUUUAAAUGGCUCCUACUGGAGUGAAGCCAUCGCUUUAGUUUUUUUAUGUAGAGUGCCUCAAUCUUUAUAUGUAGCUUUGCAUGUUUCUAUAAUAUAACACAGAACAGCAUGCACUCUCUAACGCUGUGUUUCCCAAACAGGGUGUCUCCAGCUGUUGCAAAACUACAACUCCCAGCAUGCCCGGACAGCCUUUGGCUGUCCGGGCAUGCUGGGAGUUGUAGUUUUACAAUGUGCUGGAUGCUCCCUGGUUGGUUUUAGGCGUCAGUAAAGUUUGGCGGUAACAGCCAAAGCCACCAGCAGUAUUUCCCAACCAGGGUGCAUCCAGCUGUUGCAAAAACGACAACUCCCAGCAUGCCCGGACAGCCUUUAGCUGGGAGUUGUAGUUUUUCAACAGCUGGAGGCACCCUGGUUGGGAACCACUGUUGUUAGGGUAUGUUCACACUAAAGAAUGUGGUGAUUGGACCAUAGGUAAUAAGACCUUUUGGGCAUCAGUAACGUUUGGCGGUAACAGGCAAAGGGGGAGAUUUAUCAAAACCUGUGCACAGGAAGAGUGGUGCAGUUGCCCAUAGCAACCAAUCAGAUCGCUUCUUUCAUUUUUAAAGAGGCCUGUGAAAAAUGAAAGAGGCGAUCUGAUUGGUUGCUCUUGGCAACUAAACAGGUUUUGAUAAAUCUUCCCCCUUUUCACCUAUGGUCCAACAGUGUUUCCCAGCCAGGGUGCCUCCAGCUGUUGAAAAACAACUCCCAGCAUGCCUGGACAGCCUUUGGCUGUCCAGCAUGCUGGGAGUUGUAGUUUUGCAAACAGCUGAAUGCACGCUGGUUUGUAAAUACUGCUGUUGGCUUUGGCUGUUACCGGCAAACAAUACUGAUGCGUAAAGAAUUUUGAACCUAUGGCAAGGUAAUCUAAUGCGACAUUCGUAACCUUUAUGAAUAGAAUUCACCAAGAUGGUGAAGAAGACCGCAUCCUCCAUUAAUACUUUUUAAUUUUCCCCAGAAAUGUAUACAGAUAAGCUACUGUCCCUCAAGGUGGUUGGAUUGAAAAUGUUGAAGUUGGGCAUAUAUUCCUUGGGCAUUUCCACUGCCUUUGUGACACGGCCGUGUGACGUCCGUCGGGGAACCCGGGGAGAAUACCGGGAGGAAAAUACAUUAAGUAACAUUUUUUUUUCCUUCCGCUAAUUUUGUCUGAAAACAAUGGCGCCCCACGGAGCCCAUAAUAUUAAAUGGAAUCUGUAGGGACCGUUGUUUCCCGUUGUGCCUCGUCAAAAAUAACGUUUGUUAACGCACAAAACAAUAAAAAGUGCCUGAUGGACGUUUGCCGACUGGGUACAACAGCAGUGUGCAAAGGGCCUUAUUCGUAUGCUUUUCCAUUAACCUUUUCACGGGUUUGGUGCUUAAUCCUUUCACCACGAUGGUGGCACUGUAGGAGCCCAUUCACACUAUGGAAAUUCCAUACGUAUUCCACUUGCUGCAGCCUCCCAUUGAUUUCAAUGGAAUUCUCCUGCUCUGUUCACACAUCGGUUGUUCCAUCACAGACCUUCCAACGAGGAGUUGGAGUCCAUAGAAAGAUUGAGCAUGUUCAUUCCUCCAGGGGAAUCCACCGUUACUGCGCUGUAGUGAGUGGAUAUUGCUGGAAUUUUAUUAAUAUGAACUCGGCCUUAGGGAGAUCAGGGGGCAUCUAGCACAAGGGAUAAGAUAUAGACACUUGUAUCUUAAAUAGUUUAGGAUUUAAUCAUGAUGGUGAAAGCAACGGCAUUGUCCUUUUUAUAAAUCUUAGUUUUUUCCUAAAAUGCGUACAGAUAAGGGACAUUUCAACGAAUAGAGGGAGAUUUAUCAAAACCUGUCCAGAGGAAAAGUUGCUGAGUUCCCCAUAGCAACCAAUCAGAUCGCUUCAUUCACUUUUGAAAAGUCCUCUGAAAAAUGAAAGAAGUGAUCUGAUUGGUUGCUAUGGGCAACUCAACUACUUUUCCUCUGGACGGGUUUUGAUAAAUCUCCCCCUUAGUGUAUGUUCACACUACAGAAUCUUCGCAAGGAAUCAGCUGCCCUAGUAUAUAGCAUUGGUGUGAAUGGGUCUUUUUCUGAUCUAUUCACAUUGUGAAAAUCUGCAGCAGAAAUUUGCACGGCAGGGUCAUUCUCUUGGUGGAAUUACGUUCCGACUGCAUUGCCGUCCGUGGUGACAGUGCUGGUCCACUCAGUCCUAGCACCGUAGGUUUUGGGAGGUGGAUGCUCAGACAAAAUCUUUGAGAUAUGUGAAUAUACCCUUCAAGAUUCUGUGUAUGUUCACGCAGAUUUCUCGAAUAUAAAAAUCCGACACCGAUUUGCAAGAAAAUGUUAAGCAGAAAUAUAAAGGGCAGCAUUUGAUUACCGAUAUGGAUGUACUGAUUGUUAUAUCACUGAUCCACAAACACAUUGGCCUCAUUCGGAGGGGGCUUACCUUUUUCAACCUGAAUCCACCCUAAAAGACCUAUUCAUCGCCGAAAACAGCCAGGCGCUCCAGUGCACAUCAUACACCAAUGGAUCCCGACGGGUUUCCAUCUGGUGUUUGUUUAUGUAGCAAGAUGUCAGUGGGCAGAAUAUUGCUUGCUGCAUUGUUUUGUCCACUCAGGGCUAUUUAAAAGGAUUCUGGUUAACAGAUGUUAACCAAAGGGUAAAAAUAUUGCUUUUCUGUAUCAAUUUUUUUAAGGGGAAAAUAAAGUAUUAAGGAGAAGGUUGUCACCAUGAAUUUUCUUUUUGUGGGUAUUCUGGAGAAUGUUUCCCCUACUGUGACUUACUGUAUCCAUGAAACUUUUAGCGCUAUCCCUAUCUUCUAAAUUAUUUCGUUAUAAUGGUGACUAGAGAUGAGCGAACUUACAGUAAAUUCGAUUCGUCACGAACUUCUCGGCUCGGCGGUUGCUGACUUAUC